AUGGAGGCUGCUCUAGAGGUCCUACGUCUACAUGAGAUGUACCAGACGCUUCUGCUGGACCUUAGCGAUGCGCAGAGGAAGAAUGAAUCUUUACAACGAUCGUUGACAGAGGCGCAGGACCAGUUGGACGAAGUAUCUAUGGAUAGAGAGAUCCUCGAAAGGGAGAUAGACCUGCAGAAGGACGCGCUCGUAGAGAAAACAGAAUACAUCCGUGUGCAGGACUUCACCAUGAUGGAGGCACAGAGGCAGCUCCAAUCAUUGGCUGCAUUAAACGAUGCGAGGGGUCAAGUCAUCCUCGCGCUGAAUCGGUGUAUCCACUGUCCCAGCCCACAUGAGGUCGUUUUAGAGAACGGAGGCGCGAGGAAGCGGAAGGCAGAGGAAGCAGGGCUAUAA